GUUCCCCUCGAGUCCCUUGCGUAUUGAUCCCUAUUUGCAACAUUGUGCUUUCGAAUCCACAAAGGCACCCAAACUGCCAUAAUUCUCCUGCUGUUUGUGUGGUUGUUAUACUACUGCUGCUGCUACUGCUACUACUACUACUACUACUUGCAGUCCUAGUGUGCUCAAGUGCUGCACACUCAUUUUGAAAAAAGUGAGUAACAUGGAACCCAUAUGAAAAAUUAAUUUUUUAAUGGUGGAUCCCACACUUUUUCAAAAGGAGUGUGUGGUGCUUGUACAACCCAUGACUGUAUCUAGUAUUACUCAAAAGCAAUAUCCUCAUAUGUGAAAGAAAUGGUUGGCGCCAGUGUUAUGGUGCUGCUGUGCAAGUGGUAGCAAGGAGGAUACAUCUUUUUGCAUUGUAUAGUUUUCUAGGUCUAACUGAUUAUGGAUAAGGGAUACUUGCACCUGAAAUGGACGACAAGAUAAGCAUUUUUGAAGUUUUCUAAUAGGUGCAACUGAUCGGAUUAGACAUGCAUGGAACUCCAAAUUUAAAAUAAUUAUUACUGAGGAAUUAUAUAGAUUGUGUGUCAUUUGUUGAACUUGUUUCCAUUUGUAUGCUUUUGCAAUCAUUUUUUUUAAGAGAAAUGUUUGAUUCACAAAAAAAUUUCACAAAACUAAAGUUCACAAAUUGGUGUGGCUUUUUUGUGGUGCAUCAAAUUGCAAAGUUCUUUUGAUUUAAUGUAUUACAUUUAACCACGUCCGUUUGUGAGUUUUACUUUGGUGAGAUCUCUUUGUGAACUUAACACUUCUCUUUUUUAAAGUCCUUUUCUCCACUGACAUUGGUCCCAAAUAUUUACAGCCAUGGAUAUAGAACAUGUCCUGAAGGAAGGCUCUAUUUCUUCUCUUACUCUGAGUUCGGUAGAGUCUAAUCAGAGAGGAGGUGUGCUUUCCCCAGAAGAUUUUGCUUGGGUUGACUCCUGCCUUGUCCAAGAUCCUGAAAUUUCAAAGGGGAGUUGCGAUUCUCUAAAAGAUGCCUCACAAGAACUCCUCAGUUCCCAAUCCAGAUCAUUCAGCUCUGCUGCAAUUAGUUGUUUUUUAGAAGAAGGAACUGAUGUUGAAAUACCACCUUCCUUGGAGGAGGCAGAUACUAUGCAUUUCCGAGGAAGAAGUGAUGAUGGCAUUGUUCUCCAAACAUGUGCAGCCAUGGAUGUGGAAGAUGGCCUGAUAGAAAGCUCUAACCUGAGUGGAGAAGGUUUUUCCGGAGAAGAUAUUGCUUGGGUUAACUCCUGCCUGAUCGAAGAUCCCGAAGAUUCAGUUAGUUGGGCUUCUCUGAAAAAUGCCUUACUAGAAAUUGUCAGUUCCGACUUCAGAUCAUUUGACUCCUUUGCUGCAGUUAGUGGUGGUUUACCCGAAGGAACUGAUGUUGAAAUACUACCUUCCUAUGAGGAGGCAGAGACUGUGCAUUUCCAAGGAGAAACCUCAGAUGACCUUGUUCUCAUUAACAAAAUAACAGAAAGAGAUAGUGAUCAUCUUCCGCUCAAGUUUAAGAAUAACAGUUUGAAGUCUUUAACUUUGAAGGGAAAUCCAUUUCUGCCAACUUACACUGAAGGCGUGAAAGAGAGUGAAAGUAUUGAAACAAAGCUUGAUUUGGGUUCUUCAGCUUAUGGGAUGGAGCCCUCAACUGAGGAUAUCUUCAGGGUUUGGGAUUUGGGCAUUCCAUCCGAGGAAGAUGAAUUUGGUAAACAAUUAAACAAGGCAGCCCUAACAGAAGGUUCAUUCAAGCCAAUGCCAGCGACUUUGAAUGAUUUAGAAGUAUCCAAAGAUGUCGAAGAAGUGUUUCCUGACCAUCUAGUUUCAGCCAUGGCAGACCUUUCUUUGAAUCAAACUUCUAGUUAAAACGAAUGUGCAUAUUCCCUUUGUUUUUCCCCUGCUGCUGACGUGUGGUUUCAAGUUGUUUUGAUGUGGUCGUUAAACUUUCCCCGGAAAUUGAACCUGCUGUCUUUCACUAUGCAUUGACAGAUUCGAAAUUUAAAUAGCAUCUAGCCCUAACAGUUCAUUGGGUUAUGACAGUUAGAUAUGAACCCUGAAUCUUCCACAGUGAACCGUAGAAGAUUUUGAGAUUUUGUUCUUGUUUCCAUUGUCGUAAUACCAAUUGAUUUUCAUGGAAA